AUGGCAUCCCUGCCGCGCGUAGUUGCUGCCGCCAGCUCCACUGCGGUCCGCUUAUUUGCCUACAUCUUCCUAAGAUGGAUCCCGGGUCAUCCGUUCGUGGGCAUCAUCUUGACCUCACUGGUGGUCUAUUUCUCGUCCCUCUGGUUUGUACUGCAAGACCAGGGUGCGUCCAACGAGCGCGACAGGAGGAAACAGAAGAACACUGCCAAGAGGCCUUUGAAGUCAGAUGGAGAAGAGCCCGGCGACUCCGUGCUGAAGACACUGUUGACGGGGCUUCCUUCAAAGCGGUCGCCGCUAUGGACCUGCAUAACCGCGCUCAUCAACAUUGGUGUGACCCUGCUAGCACUCGACUUUUUACUUCGGAGUAUUGUGACCUGGCCUAGUACCGAUGCCGCUUUCUCACGUAUUGGAUACGUAUCACCAACUACAGCCAAUCUGCUCUUCCGUGAGCCAGACACGGCACAGUUGCCAGUGAUUGUCUCCUACCAACAAUUUGAGCCGACCUCUGAGAAAUGGAUACAGGAAGGCACCGUCUACAGGAUAGACAACAGCACUGACUUCACAACCUCUUUGACAUUGAGAAAUUUGAAACCGUCGACGCACUACCGGUAUUCGCUGUCUAAUAACAAGACCGGCACUUUCGUCACAGCGCCACGGCCUGGAUCUCCAGAGGCCAACAGACUGUCUUUCGUGACUUCCAGCUGCUUGAAGCCAAAUUUUCCAUACAACAUCAUGUCUCAUCCAUUGCGAGUUCCCGGGAUUGAGUCCAUGACUGAAGCCCUCGGAAAGCUACCAGCACUCCUCAAGCCAGCCUUUAUGCUCUUCCUGGGUGACUUUAUCUACAUCGACGUUCCAUUCCGCUUCGGCUCUUCAAUAGACCACUACCGAAGCGAAUACCGUCGGAUCUACUCAUCUCCAUCAUGGACAUUUAGCUCAAAAUAUGGGCCAGCGAUCGACCUCCCCUGGAUCCACACUCUCGACGAUCACGAGAUCGAGAACGACUGGUCAAGAGGUAACAAGACAGCACCAUACCCGGCAGCUGCCGACCCCUUCAUUCACUACCAUGUGAGCGCGAACCCGCCCGUCCCAGUGAAACCCUUCGCGCACCCAGACGACGUCACAUACUUCUCCUUCGUCAACGGCCCGGCUUCAUUCUUCAUGCUAGACACACGAACCUACCGCUCCGAACCAACAAAGGAGAACUCCACAAUACUAGGCUCGGCGCAGCUCCAAUCCCUCCUCACAUAUCUAGCUCGUCCCGAACCAGCCGGCGUACGCUGGAAAAUCAUCUCCUCCAGCGUCCCAUUCACGAAGAACUGGCACAUCGGCACAUCCGACACAUGGGGUGGUUUCCUGAACGAGCGCCAGAUCGUCUUUGAAGCGAUUUGGCAAGCCGAGCGCGAACAGGGUGUCCGCAUAGUCCUCCUCAGCGGCGAUAGACACGAGUUUGCCGCGACGCGAUUCCCAGAUCCCGAACUCACCCUCUCAUCGGAUAAACUCCAGCCCAACACAGCCGGUCUAGGUGUCCACGAGUUCAGCGUUGGCCCGUUGAGCAUGUUCUAUCUUCCCAUCCGGACAUAUUACCAAACAGAUGACGAUGAUGUGUCCGUAAAAUAUGCACCGGACGGGAAUAGCAAGUUCGGGCUCAUUGAUAUCGCGGAUGAUUUCGAGGAGGCUGAGCCGAAUGCUUCAUCCCCUGCUCCCGUGCGCAGUUCUGUGCUCACGUACUCGCUGUAUGUGGAUGGUGAGGUCGUUUGGAAAUACCGUCUCAGUGUGCCUCAUGAAUAUGACCCACCUGGUCGUACGCGCUCUGGAAAAAGCUGGAUUCUUCAUCCUGGUCGGGUCAUUGAGGACAAGCUUGUUGCAGAGGGAUGGGGUGCUGUUUUUGAGACGGCCCUUGGGACCGCGGAAACUCUUGGGAAGGCUUUGAUCCAGAAAGGAACGAAGUUGUAUUACGAGGUUAUAGAGAAAAUUGCUAGAGGAAGGGAGGCUUGA